UUUGCACCUUGAACUGCUGGCCACUGUCUGACUGCCCGUAUGGACCCACGGUUGAUAAGAAACUUUGGCACUCCCCGAUAAGGAUUUUUUUCUGUCCACUGUGCAGGAAACACCGAUGCGCCGCCCAGCUUGAGCCCCUCCACCCGCGACAUUACCAUAUUUGACAACAGUUCUGCCUCUCGGCUCAUCACUGCUAGGAUGGGUGUCGCCAAACGGACCAGGAAGUUUGCGACCACCAAGCGCCUGAUCGGCAAGCGCGACGAGCGCCUCAAGCCCAAGACGCCGACGGGCGGCUCUGGCAAGACCAAGGACGGCGCCGCGGCCGCGCCAUCGUCGACGGCGGCGCCCGGCAGCGGCGAGGUGGUGCGCAGCGUGCCGCAGGUGUCGUCGGCGCUCUUCUUCGCUCACAACACGGCGCUGGUGCCGCCCUACAACGUCCUGGUCGACACGUCCUUCAUCACGCACACGGUCGGCGCCAAGAUCGAGCUGCUCGAGGGCCUGAUGGAUUGCCUGUACGCGUCGGCGCGCCCCAUCAUCACCGACUGCGUCAUGGCCGAGCUCGAGAAGCUGGGGCCCAAGUACAGAAUCGCGCUCCGCAUUGCGCGGGACGAGAGGUGGCAGCGGCUAAAGUGCGACCACAAGGUCUACGCCGACGACUGCCUCGUUGAUAGGGUGGUCAAGAACAGGAUUUACUUGGUUGCGACAAACGAUAGGGACCUGAAGAGGAGGAUACGCAAGGUUCCCGGUGUGCCACUCGUCACGGUGGCCAAGAAGAAGUACCUGAUCGAAGGCCUGGCCAGUGCACCGAGCUAGAGCUCCUGCAGAGGAGCGAUUCGUUCAUAUCGGUGGCCGUAUGGUGGGCCUGGCUGCUUGAUGGACUCCUGCGCCGCGGAGUGGCCAGAAGAGACAUCUCCGAGGAUGCAAGCCAUCCGCAUUCCGUAACCGGCCGGGCUCGGAACCACCAGCUAAAAAGCUGGCUGAUGAGCAAUGUCCAGGACAUGACGGUGUGGUAGCAUGCAGCGCUGCUAUGCUGGAUGUAGCGAGACACGCAGCAGCAAAUGAUGUCCGGUCACGCAUCUAGGGACGAAGCAGGAGCAGGUUGUCCCCAAAAUAGGGGCGGACGUUCUCACAGUGAUUGAGGACUGGAUAGGCAUGAUGCACAAGAUACCCGAUAGGCAAAUAAACAAAACCCACAGUAGCCUUGACGACGGCCGGCAGUUCCGCCAAUUCGAAGAAGGCGACUGGGAUAAAACCCGAGAUCAAAUGCAAUGCAGCU